AAACCUCUAUGUAGAGUUGAUUUGUUCUUGACAUAAACUUUUCUAUCAUCACAGUCUGGUCACACAAGGAUAAGGGGUUAGCAGGCUCUAACUUUUGUUUACUGUAAAGUUAGUCUAGACAGAUUCAACAAGGACUCCCACAUAUCUUAGGCAAGGAAGGAGAGGUGAUGGGGUGGCUUUCUAUGUUAGGGAGUGUUUUGAUUGUACAGAGCUACAUGAUUGUGAUGACAAGGUUGAGUGCUUAUGGGUAAGGAUGAGAGGGAAGGCCAACAAGGCAGAUAUUGUGCUGGGAGUCUGUUAUAGACCACCCAACGCGGGUGAAGAGACAGAUGAAUCAUUCUACAAGCGGCUGGCAGUAGUCUCACAAUCGCGUGCCCUUGUUCUCGUGGAGGACUUCAACUUUCCAGACAUCUGCUGGAAAUACAACACGGCAGAGAGCAAGCAGUCUAGGAGGUUCCUGGAGUGUGUGGAAGAUAACUUCCUGACACAGCUGGUAGGUGAGCCUACCAGGGGAGGAGCCUUGCUAGACCUACUGUUUACAAACAGGGAAGGACUGGUGGGAGGAUCCGGGGAACUACGGGCCUGUCAGCCUGAUGUCGGUACUGGGGAAUAUUAUGGAACGGUUCAUCUUGGUGUGCUCACAUGGCAUGUGCAGGACAAGCAGGGGAUCAGGCCCAGCCAGCAUGGGUUCAUGAAAGGCAGGUCCUGCUUGACCAACCUCAUCUCCUUCUAUGACCAGGUGACCCACCUAGUGGAUGAGGGGAAGGCUAUGGAUGUUGUCUACCUGGACUUCAGUAAGGCCUUUGACCCUGUCUCUCACGGCAUACUCCUUGAGAAGCUGGCAGCUCAUGGCUUAGACAAGUGUACUCUUCGCUGGGUGAAAAACUGGCUGGAUGGACAAGCCCAGAGGGUUGUGGUGAAUGGAGUUAAAUCCAGUUGGUGGCCGGCCACAAGUGGUGUUCCCCAGGGCUCAGUAUUGGGGCCAGUUCUCUUUAAUAUCUUUAUCAAUGAUCUGGACAAGGGGAUCGAGUGCACCCUCAGUAAGUUUGCUGAUGACACCAAGUUGGGAGGGAGGGUUGAUCUGCUUGAGGGUAGGGAGGCUCUACAGAGGGAUCUGGACAGGCUGGAUUGACGGGCCAAGGCCAAUUGUAUGAGGUUCAACAAGGCCAAGUGCUGGGUCCUGCACUUC